UUUUCGUUUUGUCCUUUGAUGAAAUGGAAAUGUUAAGUUUUGUUUUUCAUUCGUGACCUAUAAAAACAGUAAGUGUGCCGCUCUGACCGUGUCAGUGUUAGGGUCAUGGAAGCAGUGCCACAAGAGCAACGGAGAAAGCGGAACUCUGUAAACAUGGGUUUUGGGACGAUCGCUGCUGUUGCAGGGGGAGCAGUCGGUGCAGUGGCCUUGGCUCCUGUUGCUCUGGGGGCCGUAGGUUUCACCUCAGCUGGAAUAGCUGCAGGCUCCUACGCUGCAAGCAUGAUGUCUGCUGCUGCGGUGGCUAAUGGAGGCGGAGUGGCAGCAGGAGGCAUGGUGGCUGUUUUACAGUCAGCAGGUGCAGCCGGGCUGUCGGGGGCUGCCACUGCGGCUGUGGGCAGUGUUGGAGCUGCUGCAGGAGCAGGACUGAAAUGGCUAGGAGGUCUCAUUUUCAAGGACAAAGAAGACGAUGAAGACGAUGAAGACAAAAAGAAGUGUAGGAAUGGAAACUCGCCAUACCCGAGGCUCCCUGAGCUGUCCUCACACUUUGCCUGAAGGCUGUGGAUUCUGAUGAUGUCAUUCUGAUCAUUCCUUUUGUGCCUCUGGGUGACUUUUUCUGUGCACGCUGGUAUAAUAUUAGUGAACUACAUAUGACUGAAAAGCAUGACUGUUUUUAAGCAAGUGUGGAUUUUUUUUUCUCCUACAUUUUCUAAAAUUUGUAUCUCAAUCAAUGAUCUAAUUGCAGGAAAUCCUAAUUCUAAAAUUCUGAAUGGUGUUGUGGCCACUGUCCUCACUAAGAUGAAGCUAAACUUUGGUAAGAAAGUCUGGUUAAAUUCUUUUAACAUUCAGUUAUUUGGAUUUCCUAAAACCUUCUACCCAUUUCCAUAAUCCUGCCUGCAGAUCAGCUCAGUGCAUCAACUAUGAGAAAACUGUCUUUGGAAAAUAUUGUAAACUGUCUAGAAACUCUUCAUUUAUUUACUUUAGUCUUUAACAAGAGAAUUUUGACCAGUUUCAAACAUCUUCACCUCUCUGCACUUCUUUCUGGCAGUAGAAUUGUUAAAUGUUAUUACUUACUACAGUUAGCUAACUAUUUAUUAUUAGCUCAAAAUGACAAGUGUUUUUUUUUUUUUUUUAGAAUCAUUGUUUUAUGUUUAAAAUACUUUGCGAACACUUCAUUAAACAUAAAACUGCAUUUAUUUUUUGGCAAAUUCUAUGUAAUAUAUCAAAAAUAAAAGUAUUUAUUCUGCAGUAAUCGGUGUUACAUGGAUCAGUAUUACUGCUGCAGGUGAUAUUGUUAACUAUCAGUGUCUACAAUGAGAUUAAAAAUUAAUGAAAAAUUAAGCAAAAAGCUGGUUAAAUUUUCUACAAGUGAUUUCUCAGAGAUGUUGGUCUGAAAGUGCUGAUGGAGACUACAGCUGUUCAACUUGCCUGCCUUAAGAAGUCAUAUAUGACAGGGGUUCCCCUCUCCAUCAUCACAGCUUUUAUUACUAAUGUGCUAAAUAAGUU